GGCCAAACGCGUGCUGCGGCGGCGACUUUCCGAGUAAGACUCUUUCGUGGGUUCGGCGCGACGUCAGUCGCAAUGGAGAGGCUCAUUAAGGCCUCACACAGGUAGCGAAGACGUGGUCGCUGCGUGGUCUUGGACGCGUAUUUGACACAAGUCACUCACGCGCUCGCCAUUGCCGAGAACAGCGUCGUCGAGGUGAUGGACGGGCUCUGCUGCCUGACACUGCGGGCUGGUGGCGGAGGGCGGUCAUGGAUAUGGCUGGCCGUCGCGCUGUGGCUGGCGAGCGGCGCGGGCUGCGUCCGGACCAAUGUCGUGGCGGAGGUGCCACAGCUGGACCUGGGGCCGCUGGUGGUAGUGACGGUGGCGCUGGGAGACACGGCCAGGAUCCCCUGCCGCCACCCUCAGAACCCCGACGACACGGUCAACCUCGUGCUCUGGUACCUGAACCAUACGUCUAGGCCCUUCCUCAGUUACGAUGCCCGGGCGGAGGCCAGCAAGAACAGCAGCGCCAACAACAGUAUCAGCAGCAUCAGCAGCAGCGAUGCCACAGCCACAGCCUUCGUAAGCAGCAGCAAAACCGACGCCAAGAGUGAAGAGGAAGAACACAUGACGUUGGACGGCGGAGGAACGUUCCUCGUGAUCCACGACGUCCAGCCCGAAGACGAGGCCGAAUACCGGUGCCGCGUCCACUUCCGGCUGUCGCCCACGUGGACGCAGCGCCUCUUGCUCGUGGUGGAAGGCCUCCCCCCUCCCUUCAGGCGCCCAGCAAUAGGUAAACUUCUCGGGGGGUUUUUUGGAGGGCGGGGAGCUGGGCACGUUUGUGGGCGUCGCCGGGAGGGCGUCGUGGUCAACCAGCUCAAGGGGGCGCGGGCGUGGAGCAGCGCCAAACCGCGACGCCCGAGUGACCUGCGCCUUGUCACCGUGGACGAGGGGCAGCCAACCCCCUGCCCCCACAUCCGGACCGGUGCCGUCAUGCUGUUCUAUGUCAGGUAG